AUGGACGGCACAGGAAGUACCCAAGUGGAGAACUUCUUCGUGGGAGGUCGGAGCUUGCCCCUCUUCGUCAUUGCGCUUACUCUCGCCUCCCAGAGUAUCGACUCCAACGCCACCCUCGGCAACGCCGACCUCGCCUACAAAUUCCACUACUGGGAUGGGGCUGUCCUUCCUAUGGGACUUGGUCUCAGCCUGGUCAUCAACGGCCUGUUCAUUGCACGCCACAUCAACGAGGCCCAAUGCCUCACUCUGCCUGACUUUUACGGGAAGGCCUGGGGUCCCGCCGUGGAAGUGCUGGUAUCCCUUUUGACGUGUAUCUCUUUCAUCUGCCUCCUCGCGGGAAACCUGGUGGGCCUGUCGAUCAUCAUCCGCUUCCUGUUCGGCGGAGAGCUUGCAACGAGUGUGUUCAUCGCUGGCAUCGUCACCAUGAUCUACACGGGCGCCGGCGGCCUCCUUUCCGUCGCCUACACGGAUGUUGCGCAGGCCUCUCUCGGCCUUCUCGGACUCUUGACAACCUCCGCCUGGAUGCUAAGCAACAGGAGCCCCGACCACCCCAGCCCGAGCAUCGGCUUCCCCGGCUAUCUCUACCCCGAUGACGCCACGUGCGAGGCCUACGAGGGGGUGCCCGCCGUGUACACAGAAGGGGCAUGCAUGUACAACGAGGACGUCUGGGGGGCCGGCGGCGUGGAUAAUGGCGCCUACCCUUUCGGAGACAAAGACGUGUUCAACGACGGCAUGAUGGGCAUCGAUGCCUACAACCCGUUCCCCAACGCCAUUCUCUUCAACUGGGCCACUAUCUUCGUGCUUGGGUUCGGCAACCUUGCUGCACUUGACUUCCAGGCUCGCUGCAUGGCUGCCAAAUCACCCAAGAUUGCCACUAUGGGCAACUUCAUCGCUGCUGGAUUGACGUUCAUCGUGGGCAUCACCUUCUCUUUCAUGGGUGGCUACACCCGUCUCAACUACGGCCCUGACAGCCAGUUCGCGUCCUUUACGGUCGACACGUGCUCCAAGUUCCUAGACCUUCCCACUUGCGCUGCCUGGGAACCUGACUCCACCGCCUUCCUCAAGCUCACCACUACACAGCUGCCGACCUUCCUUGGAUGCUGGGUGCUGAUCGGUAUCUGCGCGGCUUCGAUGUCGACGUCCGACGGUGCUAUUCUCGCCAUCUCCACCGUCCUCUCGCACAACAUCGCGCGUAAGGCCAUUCCCGGAGGUGACCGGUUCAGUGACGUCAAGCUGCUCACGAUCGUGCGCGUCAGCAUCAUCCCCGUAACCUUGAUUGCUUGUAUCGUGGCUUCAACAUACAAUGAGACUGGAUACCUAUUGAUCGUGGCCUUCGACAUCGUGCUUGCUGGAUGCAUCGCCCCCCUCUUCGCCGCGAUCUACUUCAAGAAGUCGGUCUAUCGGAUAACCGUCCUUGGAUGCCGGUGUCGUCGUUGA